AUGUGGAAGAUUGAACUCGUCAUGAUUGCUGUGUUGUCCCUUGCUCUGGCCCUUGUGUCAACGUCUGUGGCCCGGGAACAUGGGUUUGUAUACUGCCCAGCUUACCCCUGCCUGUGUGAGCCGAGGGAUGGUGAGCUUGUUAUAAACUGUCGUUACCUCUACCUUACCGAACUUCCCAAGUUCCUGUCAUUCGACGGCAGAAUCAAAGAACUCUCUUUGCGCAAAAACAGCAUCCGAUUCCUUCCUGACAACUCGUUUCGAGGGCUGAAUAUACAGUCUAUUGACUUAACUGACAACAUUGUAACCAAGGUGGACGAUGGAGCAUUUAGUGGCCUGGAGAAUCUGAAAGAACUUCAUCUCAUCUCGUGUCGCAUCAAUGACAUUGAAGCUGGGGGUAUCGGUAUUCUGAGGAACUUGCAGGUUCUCGAUCUUACCGGAAACAAUCUCAAGUAUCAGCACUUGAGGGAAAUAUCCAAGCUGUAUGACCUUAGGAAGUUGAUUCUGUCCAGUAAUGACAUCAGGGUGUUGGGCAGUAACGCAUUUGACCAUUUGCUUCACCUCCGCCAUAUUGACUUAUUCUCCAACGCAAUAGCCAGCAUUGAUCGAAACGCUUUCAAGACACUCGACUACUCACUUGAGUUUCUUAGACUGGAAAAGAACCAGAUAAAGAACAAGGCUUUGUAUUCGCUUAAGUCUCUCCGAAAUUUAAGAGAGUUAAAUCUUGCAAAGAAUAACUUGACUAAGGUGACCGAUGGUGCUUUCAUGAAACUCGAGCUGCUUGUUGACUUAGAUUUACAGGACAAUAAGAUCGCUCUAAUCAAGUCAGAUUCAUUGACGGGGACAAGCAAGUAUUUAAGAACAUUAAAAUUGAGUGGAAAUCCGAUCAGGGAAAUUGAAAAUGGAGCUUUUGCAAAACAUUCCGUCUUGAAACAGCUUUACCUGAACAAGGUCAAAAUGUAUAAACGAUUUAGGCCUUUCACCUUCAGGGGUCUUGAACGGAGUUUGGAAGAACUAAGUAUACAAAAUUCUAGUAUAUCCGAUGUAGAUCUAUCUUCUAUGAGAAAUCUCACGAGUCUGAAAAAGUUAUAUUUGAAUUCCAACAACAUCAAGAAAAUACCGAAAGGAAUAUUCAAACAGAUGCAGUCGCUGGAGAAGAUAGAUAUUUCGAACAAUCGGCUUUCAAACAUUUACGACAACACAUUCGAUGGUCUGCAGCUGACACUCCAGUUUAUAAACUUCCAAAACAACAACAUAUCGAUCAUAUCAAAGUGCACAUUUGAUGGGUUCCACCGUCUUGUUGACAUUCGCCUUGGGCUCAACCCUUUGGUCUGUGAUUGUCGUCUCGGCUGGCUACACAACUGGUUGAAGAUGCAUUAUCAGGAGUUCCAGCGAUCUGUCAGUGACUGGAAAUGUGUUGCCCCUCCCAAACAUGCAAAGAAACCGUUUCGUCAUCUCGCUCUGUCUCAGCUCACCUGUUCCGGUCCACGUGCCCAGAAUCAGACAUGUGACUGGACCGUGGACGAAUGGACUCGCCCCAUGAUUCCCAUAGCAACUGAUGUUGUACCCUCGCCUAUGCUUCCUGUUGAUCUACUAGGUACUGAGGUGAACCUUGCACUUGAUGGAUCUGUGUCAAAGGUCCUUUCCGCCAUGUGGAACUGCAGCAGCAAGCACACAGUCGGGGGAUACAGAAUUGUUGUCCGGCGUACUAAUGAUUCCUAUGAGGAAAGAGAUGUCGUGGUUCCCCUCGAGACGGAGAGAUACAUUUUCGCCGAUCUGAUGCCAGGGUUAGAGUAUGAGGUGUGUCUGACUGUGUUGUCGGAUGAGGAGGUGCCUCUGGGACGGGACUGUCAGUUGGAGAUUACAGAGAAGGAAUCAAAGACACUGGGUCGCUCUCGUCACUCACAGACGCCAUUUCUCACCCUCCUGUGGACCUACGUGGCCGGAAGUCUGGCUGCAACUCUCCUGUUCGUCACCGUUGCCAUCUGCAUUCGACGUCACCGUCAGAAGAAGUUCAUUCAUGGCUUUGCUCCAGGGUAUUCCGCAUGGGGAGGAAUGAUGUAUGGCAUGCCAAACAGCCAGGCUUACAUCAUCCUGUUACUUUAA